AUGAAAGGAAAUUAGUUGUUUGAACCAUAGAUAGUUUCGAAACAGCAUGAUUUGAAUGAGAAGAAAAUCUCUUGCUCAUAUCCUGAUCGAUUAAUUAUUUGUUAUGACUAAAAAAAAAAAAUUCCAAUACCUUUAUAAGGAGUUCAUUAUUUUUUAAAGGUCUUGCAAGGUUUAGUAAUAGUGGAAAUAUAAUAAAUUUAUUCAACUUUAUGUUACCAACAGCCAAUAGAGGUAGAAUACUUAUUUUCAAUUAAUCAAAAUGCAGCAGUCACAAAAAUGAUUGUUGAAUUAGGGGAUAACAAAGUAUAUGGAAUAAUUAAGGAGAAAGUGGAAGCAAAAUAAGAAUAUGAAGAAGGGAUUAAGUAAGGUAAAACAAUGGCGUAUAGCGAAGAAGAUGAGUAAAUCCCGGAAAUCAAAAGAGUUAAAAUUGGGGCCCUCGCUCCAUAGAAAUAAUUAAAAAUAUUAUUUGAAUACAUCCAACCCUUAGAUGUGUUUUUAAAUAAAUUUUGGAAGGUAGAAGUUUCCCCAAUGAUUGAUCAGAAUUACUUAAAUUUAUAAUUUUAAGAGUUUAGAAGUUAGAGCUAAUAUUUAAAUAGAGUGAAUAGAUAUAUUUAGAAAUAUGUUUAGAUUGACUAAUUUGAUUACAAUUUCAAACAAGAUAUUUCUGUAUAAAUUGAUAUCGGUUCCCCAAUUACGUAUUAUAAAUGCCCUACACACUCUAUUGUAAGUUGUAGAGCAAAUAAUGAAAAUGUAAAGUCGAAAAUGGAAGAAGAACAUUUAAGAGAGUUAUUUUUGAUUUUAGAGGAUACUCCAUCCAACUUUAUUCCAAAAAAAUAAUUUACACUACUUUUUUCAAGUGAUGAUAUAAAUCUCCCUCGUGCAAUUUUAAGUCAUACAAAUAAUGACGCUUUAUUCACUUAAAAGUAUUGUGCUACAUUAAGUUUUAUUCCAAAGUUUAAUUAAACUACUUUAGAUGAUGCAUAUUCACAAUACUUGGAUGGACUAAAUAUUGCAUAGAAUUAAUUUAUUAAUAGAGGAAAUUAUUUAUUCUUCAUAGACAGAAGUGGAUCAAUGGCUGGUAGCAAAAUCUAUAAAGCAAAAUAAUCUUUAAUCUUAUUCUUGAAAAGCUUACCUGAAGACUGCAGAUUCAACAUAAUUUCAUUUGGGACAAAGUUUGAAUCUUUAUGGUCUGAUUCUAUUUAAUAUUCCUAGGAUACCUUAGAGUAGGCCAUAAAUCAUGUUUAUAAUAUGGAAGCGAAUAUGUUGGGGACAGAAAUUCUAAGACCCUUGUCUGAAAUUGUCUACAAUAAAUCGUAUGGUAAAUCAAAAACGACCACCUUGAAUAUAUUCUUACUUACAGAUGGAGAAGUAGAAGCCACCCCUAUAAUAGAUUUGGUAAAGAAGAACAAUUAAGCAGAAACCAGAAUUUAUACUUUAGGAAUUGGAUAAGGAUGCAGCUAAAAUUUAAUUAAACGUUUGGCUGAAGUGGGAAACGGAAAAUUCUAAUUUGUUUCAGACAUCGAAGACAUAAAUGCUAAAGUGAUUGAUUUAUUAGAAGAUUCAUUAACACCUUAUUUAAAAGGAUUUAAUCUUGAAACAAAUAUAUGCAACAUUACUUAAAUAGUUCCAAAUCCGGAAUCUAUUGUAUGCUUAAAGAAGAACUAAGAAUUAACUAUUUAGGCAUUCUUUUCUAUAGAACAGGAGAUCGAUAAUUUGUAAUUUACUUUGAGUUGUUUUGAUCCACAAGAUUAAAAGCCAAUAAAAUAUUCAGUUACAUUAAAUUUAAAGGAUUCUUAAGAAAAUGAAUAUUUUCAUAAGUUAGCUUCACAUAAGUUUAUUACCUAUUAUGAAAACAGUUUGAAUUAUGGUGACAAACAUCUAAAUUUUAUCAAAAUUAAUAAGGAGAAAAUACAAGAUCAAGAUAUAAUUAACACAUCAAUAGCACAUCAAAUAUUGAGUACUAAAACAGCAUUUGUUUGUGAAGUUUGCGAAUUAGAUGAUCAAUUAAAAUAGCAGAUGAAGUAAAAAGUAUGUAUCACUUAAAAUAAAGUUGAUUUCGAAUAGGAUAAUUAACAUUAAUGUUUAAUCAAAAGGUUAUAAAUUGAACCUUUACUCACAAAACCAUGUCUCCUUUUUUUUUGUUCUGGUAAUUUAAGAAAACCAAAAAUGAAAGAAGAAAACUACAUGAAAUAAUAAAUUAAUUAAGAUAGAAUAGUUUGUUAAUAUUAAGAUAAAGUUGAAUAUUUAUAAUAAAAAGAAAUGAAUACUGGUUUUACAACUGAUGAAGUAAGAGAAAUAGAAUAAAAAAAAAAAAGUAGAUCAAGAGAAAGAGAAAGAGAAAGAAUAAAGAAUUUACCUAAAAUUCAUACUCAUUCUAAGGAAAUUUCAGCUAUGCAGAUCAUCUAAAUUCAAAAGAUUGAAUAUGAAUAGAUAAUUUCAUAUGCUAAAGCUGAUGGUAGCUUCUAAUAUGAUGAAAAAGUUGAAUAGAAUCUAAAUUUUGAAGGAUGGAAGAAUUCACAAAAUUACCCUUAAAAUAUCUGGUUGACUUUACUUGCUUUGUUAUAUUUAGAUUUAUAAUGUUCUUAAAAUAGAAAGUCUUGGUAAUUGGUUUAUUAAAAGGGAAUUCGAUUCCUUUAGAAAAAUGAUUUAGAUUAUAAGUAGUUUAAGGAAGCAUACCAAUAGUUAAAGAAAAUUUGA